GCUGCAGUCGGUAAAUGGACGUUUGAUGUGGUGUGUGUCAAGAUUGUGCUAUUGUGUGUUUACAGUGAUUUAUUGCUUGUUAAGUGUAAUCCAAAUUGAAGUUAAUUGUUUUAAGGAGUAGAUGAAGGUGACAGAAUGUCUCGGAACAAAGACAAGCACGAGGGUGCGAGCGCGCGCACAUACCACAUCAUGUCGGAAGCAGAGCGGGCAUCUGGCAGACGCGGUGGCUGGAAUACGCUUGAGAUAACAGGAGGUGUGCGCGCCCUAGCGCCGCCGUUGUUCCAACUCACACACCUGACAGCGCUGUACCUCAACGACAACUCGCUGCAGAGGAUCCCGCCCGACAUCAACCUGCUGGUCAAUCUCCACACCCUCGAUAUGUCCAACAACAAGCUGAGAACGCUGCCCGCGGAGAUUGGCGAUCUGAUACAACUUAGGGAACUACAUCUACACAACAACUAUCUACGAGUGCUGCCCUACGACCUGGGCAAACUGUUCCACCUCCAAAUGCUGGGGCUGCAGGGGAACCCGCUCAGCAAGGAGAUGCUCUCCAUCUACAACGACAACAACGGCACCGCCAAGCUGCUCACAUAUCUCCUCGACAAUUUGCAAGUUACUGCCACUCUACCACCGCAAAGGCCUUGGAUACCACUAACGAGACCCAACAGAAGUCGUCCCACAUGUAUAUUCACAGUGAUGUGCUACAACGUACUAUGCGACAAAUAUGCGACGCGGCAGAUGUACGGGUACUGCCCUAGCUGGGCACUCGAGUGGGACUACAGGAAAAAGGGCAUCCUCGACGAGAUCCGGCACUACUCCGCCGAUAUCAUCAGCCUUCAAGAAGUGGAGACGGAUCAGUUCUACAAUUUCUUUUUACCAGAGCUGAAGCAGGACGGCUACGAUGGUAUCUUCUCCCCGAAAUCACGCGCCAAGACUAUGGCGGAAUCGGAUAGGAAAUAUGUUGAUGGAUGUGCGAUAUUUUUUAGAUCUGCAAAGUUCUCGUUAGUAAAGGAACACCUUAUCGAAUUCAAUCAGUUAGCAAUGGCGAAUAGCGAAGGAUCGGACAAUAUGUUAAACAGAGUUAUGCCCAAGGACAAUAUAGGGCUAGCUGCAUUAAUAAAGACCAAGGAAGCAGCCUGGGAGAAUGGUCUACCAACAGAAUCGGCGUCUGUCGCGCAACCGAUCCUGGUCUGCACGGCCCACAUACACUGGGACCCCGAGUUCUGCGACGUGAAACUGAUCCAGACGAUGAUGCUCAGCAACGAGUUGAGAUCCAUUCUGGAUGACUCGGCCAGAACCCUGCGGCUCACGGGGCAGAAGGACAACGUGCAAUUGCUGCUGUGCGGUGAUUUUAACUCUCUACCGGAUAGCGGUGUGGUGGAGUUUCUGUCUUCUGGGCGCGUGUCGGCCGACCACCGCGACUUCAAGGCGUUGGGCUACGCGACGUCGCUGCGCCGUAUGCCCGGCUCCGAGCACGAGUUUACACACAACUUCAAACUGGCCUCAGCCUACAGUGAAGACAUCAUGCCUUACACCAACUAUACAUUCGAUUUCAAGGGUAUUAUCGACUACAUAUUCUACAGCAAGCAGUCGAUGACGCCGCUGGGUCUGCUAGGGCCGCUCUCCCAGGACUGGUUCCGGGAACACAAAGUCGUGGGCUGUCCACACCCGCACAUACCUUCAGAUCACUUCCCACUGUUAGUCGAGCUGGAGAUGUGUCCUACGACGAGCGCCAACUCCAACGGUCUCAUCGGGCGCAGGUAGCACGCGAUGUUGCGGCGGGCGCACCAGGCGUUCACCGCCACGGAGCCACACGCGGAGAACAACACGCACACAGACACCGUGACGUCACGAUAACACUGCUCUAACCCACGCGACCUCACUAUGGGGUGCAACCUUUUCAACCAAACUAGCGUCAGCAAAUAAAUUCUUAAUCAUUUAACGGUCCUUACCAAUAAUGCCCGUCACAGCUAUUAUACAUAGUGAUCCCAGACGGUGGCUAUUCUGUAAUGUAUAAGUGCUAUAUACAUGUGUUACUUGUGGCUUUGACGUCGCCGAGAUUUGUUUUGCUUGUAGCGAGACAUAGCUUGCUGACGUCAGAGAAGAUAUAGCGCUAAUUGCAUCACAUUGCUCGCUUCUUUGACCGAUUGCCUCAAAAAGGUUGCAUCCUACUCCGAUGUCGAAUACUAGAAUAUACAGUGAUCCAGACAGUUUGAAGUAUUGAAGCAAUUGACUUUCAGUGGCUCAGACCUUUCAUUAGUGAUUCGAACAGUUUGACUUGCAAACAUGGAUUUUAUGACAGUGAAUCAGAUGUUCGGGUGAAAAUUUUAGAAAUCCUUAAAAUAAAUGUUAUGCCAGUAUUCGCAGGGAUAUAACAGGCAGUAAAUUAUGUGUUGUUGUAAACAGAUUGUUAUUAGAAAUGUUUUGUAGGCAUUAAUUAGCGCUCAUGCAUCUAUUAUCACUAAAUAUUGACAGAAUUAAUUACACGUACAAUGAAACAAGUAUCAAGAAAAAUGUUUAAAUAUAUUAUAUCUAUAUUAAUUAUUUAUCUAUGUAUCUGAGAUCUUAAUAAUAACUUGAAUGUUCUAGAACAUUUAAUAUGUAUUAUUGUAAUAUUUACUUAUUCAUUUAUAUGUGUUCAAAUGUCGUAUCUUAUUUUAUAAUUUAACUUGACGCCCUUUCUAUUGUAGGAAUCGAGUUUGCUACCUAUAAGCAAACAGGUUCUUUAUGAAAAUACAGUGAACAAUCGUUAUCUUUUGUCGGGACUAUUUAAAUUCGUUUGGCUCAGUAAUGAUUUUUGAAAAUAUAAUCUGAAGGCUGAAAUAAUAACAUCUCGAAAUAGUAUUUUUGCAUCAUCCAAAAUUAAGAGUGCUUUAACAUUUAUGGUUUAAUAUAUGGUAGCUAAACAUUUUAUAGGUGAAGUAGUUUGAAUAUUAAUGGAAUUUUUUGAGCAUGUUCAAUAAGUUGAAUUAUAAAUAUUUAAAAGCAACAAACUCGGUUUAAAAAUAUUAAUAUGCUUAGUAUUGUUUUCAAUUAAGAUUUAAUUUUUAUCUAUAAGAAAAUCUUUGAAUACUUACCAUGUAAAGACAACUGUAUCACUAGGGCUUGCAUCCAUAUAAGAAUGCUAUUAAUUACUGUCCGGAGCAGGCAAGUGUCAAAGACUAUACAGCCUUCAGUUUACUAUUUAUCAUUUUAUUGUUCUCUAUGGUUCCUUCUAAGCAAUAAAAAACUUUUAAUUCUUUAAUAGUUUUGUAGGUACAUAGGGGCGAAUCAAUAUCCUUAACACUUACAUUCUGUAUGUUGAGGACAGGCAUAUUACUUAAGAUAACAGUAUAAUUAUUAAAAAUGAAUAAAAUACCGGAUGUCAUCAUUAAUAAUGUCUUUAGCUGUGUUAUUACUCACGUUUUAAUUUAAACCCUUUGUCGUAAUAUAGUUAAUUUUUUCUUUAGCAUUAUAAGUAAAGUUUCGUCUCGAAGCAAUAGUAUUAUGUGCAAUUAGUUUCAUUUUAAGAUACUUGUACAAAAAUAGAGCUAACAGUGGGUAAAUUGUUCUCUCAAUUUUAUACAGUCGAGGAAUGAUCUGUGAUUGGCAUAGAUUUGAGUUGAAUACUUUUAAGUAUAAAUGUUGAUCUUUCAAAUUCUAAGCUUGUUGCUGUGAAACAAUUCUAGCGUGGUCAUCGCGAGAACAACGUAUUUGUAUUUUCGGCCUACUCCGAAUUAGAGUAUAACCUCCAUCUAUAUUGUUAAUGAGUGCAUCGGUUUCAUUUCAUUCUUAACAGCUUUCUUCGAUACAAUUUUUAAAUUUGUUUUAAAAAUUAUUAAUAAUGAAUACAUUGUGAUGGCCUCGCGUACUGCUAUGAUUCACUUUUAAAAUUUCAUGCCUUGUAGUUUAUCUUUGACUUUUGUUUUUUUUUUAUUUUAAGGAAAUAUGUCUUUAAGUAAGGUGUCUAUCUACAUUUAACGGUCUGUCUAUGCUAAUACAUAGUAUACGUUGGUGUAACAGAGAUUUUAGUGAAAAUGUAUAGAAAAUUGAAUGAAUAUCAGGCGUCCAUUUAAUGAUUAGUAAUAAAAGAAAUUCCUCCACUGUAUAUUGUAGGCUAGUCUGGGUAUACUUUGCAAUGUGUGUUUGUGUGGGUAGUUUUAAAUUAUCGAUGACGUCUUUCUUAUCAGUGGGUUUGUGAUUGUUUGUCGUACGAAAUGUCUAGCUUUUAGCAUUUCUUAUCUUAUUUUUGCGGUAUGAAGGUUCUCUUUCAAUACCAUUGUUUGGUAAAAUUUCUUUAAUAUCAUGCAUGGACUUACAUCACAACAGAGAUUAUUAGAGUUAAAUUAGUAAGAAUUAGAUCCCACUGGUGCGUGAUUGAUGUGUAGAUUGCAUUGCGAUGUGGCGAGCGGCGCCGCAUCGCGCACGUGUCGUAUCGGUAUCGUAGCGUGUCCGUCUGUAUGUUAGAUAACAAUGGUGUUCGGCUCAUCAAGUGGUACGGUGUCGGUUGGUGUUGUAGAACAAAGGCGAUGUUAGGUUAAUGUUGUAUUGUGUGUAGCAAACUGCUCAGCGAGAAUGGACCCGCGCCCUGUGCCGUGUAUGAGGACUUGUAGUUAGCUACCAUAAGGCCCGGUAUCCACCAUAGCUGAGAGGAGAGGAGAUGUAUUUUGAUAACCAAUCAGAUUUCGUUAUUUCCAUAUCUCUUCUCCGCUUAGCUUCGGUAGAAAUGGAUGAAGUGAAUAGGAGAGGAGAUGUCUCAUUUUUCUAUAGAAAUUUGUGCCGCGUUGAGCGAUUAAGCGGCGCGGUGAAGCGGAAAUACGUGCAGGCGGCGACUGGAGUCUGGAGCUCGCGCCUCGCACUCCCGAAAAUCGCUGCUAUAAACACAGCUCACAUCUCUCCGCUCUGGUGGAAAUAACCUGACAGCUUCGCGGCUUAUCUCCUCUCGUCUCCUCUCCUCUCCGCUUUGAUCGAUACCGGACCUAAGUCUCGAAAUGUUUCUUUAAAUCAACCACGAUGUGUGUUGUCGUUCAUCUCUCCCCUUAGUCGUAAGUAGGUUUAAUUGUAAUUAUUUUUGACAUUCGGAAACCAAUUAAUACUGCUUCUUUUUUAGCUGUAAGUUAUCCCAUACCGAUGUUGUAUUAGUAUUCUCGCGAAACUGUGUUGACUGCUUUCGUCCCAAAUUUGUUGAAGUACUGCUUUUGUUUUAAGUUUUAGUGCGUUAUUUUUUUUAAAUAAAUGGGAGUUGAAUGGCAACGGGCGUGGGGCACAUAUUGUAGCGGGUUAGCAUACUGGCGUAGUACAAAUGGAUGUAAUGGUUGAUGGAUGGAUGUUUCGGUGCUCGCGAGCUGCCGCUGUUUGACAUUGACAGAUCUUCAAAAUAUUGUGUCGUUGUCUAGCUUUGUUUGUUUCGAUUAUAAUUCAGUGUCCAGUUUUGUGCCUAAAUGUAUGCUCUCAAAAGACCUUGCUUUGCAGUUGUCAACUAUACAUGACGUCUCUUUCUAAAAGCCGAUGCUACGUCGGAUAUAAGGGACGGUUGUGAUCUAGCUCGAGAGUCGCAGUGAGAAAGCAUUUCUGAACUAGUCAUCUUCAGGUUUUCCGUGCUGCUUUUGCUCAGACAUGUUAUUACAUAUUGCCUUUUUAUACUCCAUUUAGUUGUAUUGUAGUACAUAGUAAUUGGUUGAACCCUUAUUUGCAUUGUUCGAUGUAUUCUGAGCAAUGUUCCGGCGUUGCCGUAUGUAGUGAUGUGCUCGUUGUAAAGCAUUAGUUGGCUCCUCGGAAUAGUGAUAUUUUACUAAAAAGUUUUUAUAUAAUUAAUAAAACAUCGGACCACUGCAUAGUUAUACCUACGCUUAUUUUACUCUCCAUCGGGAUUAUAUAUAAUUUUUAUUGAAUAUUUUUUAAUCAUUGUAUUAUAAUUAUUAUUAUGUAUAUCAAACUAUAGGUGCUGUUAUAUUUAAUUUUAAUGUUACAAACGCGAAUGUGAUACGAGUCUCGUCUCUCUUAAAUGAAAUGUAUUACAAUAUUGAGAAUUAAUUCUAUUACGUAUCAGGGCGCGCUUAGACUUCAGGCGUUGUGGUAGCAGACGCUUUACAACACAUUAAUUAGAUCUUUCAGGCGAAUAAUCUUUUGUGUUUCUUGACUGUGGGUGUAAAGCUCAUGUUAAUACGGUCGUAAAUCGUGCCUUCGCCAUUCAUUUGCGCUAAUAAUCUGUAUUUAUAUUGACGCUAUUUAAUUUAGCGUACGUGUACCUGAUAGUAUUAAACGCGUUUGUGAUAUCCGCUUCAAACCGCAUUGCACUGGAACAGAGAAUAGAAGCGUCCGCUAUUGUGAACGCUACAUAAACGUUUGUGUUCUAAGCGUCCCCUUAGAGCCAAAUCAUGUUAAAGGGUUUAUUUGAAUUACUUAUUACACUUGGCAUAAUCGUGUGCAUACUAAAGUUUUGUAUCAUAUAGUAUUUUGUAUUACCAAUGAUAAAUGUAUAUUCUUUAAGUACAUAAUAGAUACCUAGUUUGUGAAAUCAUAUCAAUGUUUGUGAGUUUGUGAUUUGUGGUAGAUAGCUGUGAACGUGCGUCCGUUCUUUAACUAACGUUUCUAAGUUAGUUGUGGCACAAAUAUUUUUCGAAUUUACCGCGUAGAUCUUUAUUAUCCGACUCAGUCAGAGUACUCGUUCAGUAAUCGUGGUACUAAGAGUCCCAUAAGAAGUUGUGGAGGGCCGUUUUGUGUAUUCCCUGCAGUCUAACUCGUGUGCAAACCUAUCUACUUGGAUAGUGUUAAAUAGUAGUAUUGUAGUAAAUGUUAAACACAACCCAUCUUAAAGAAUGAUAAAGGUGUACCUUCCACAAAAAAGCUCUUGCUGAUAUAAUUCAAAUAAUAUAUAAUCAUUUUAAAAUUAAAUAAAUAUCCCAAAAAUCGGCUGAAAUAUAGACAAGGGUUAUCAAAAGCUCGAUUUUUCAAUCUGCCUAUUUCAGGUUUCAACAAACUUUUGCUUCGAUAAUAUAAAACUAUUAAUAUUUUAAACCGAAAUCAUACCUAGGGCAUGAAUUUUUGUUAUUUUAGAUGAAGACUUCAUUCAAUUUAUUCUCCAGAUGUGUUACUAUUAUGCGGUAACUGUAUUACUGGUUAUUUUAAUGAGGCUAUUAUCGCGACAUACAUAUUAAUUUAUAAAAAUCAUAGGACAGUAUUAAAUUAAAAUAUAUUAAACACAUAUAUGAUGAAUGCUGUUUAUCUUUAUUGUAGUAGGACACUUGAUCUCUUUAUUUUAAAUAUAAUUUUGAUGGACAAUUUUACUUAAUAGAUCUAGCAGUAAACUUUCUUGUUAGGCAAAUGUACGAUAAUUUUUUUUUCUCAAUUUUUAAUUUAGUUUAUCAAAAACAAUGCCCUCCAAAAAUAUUUUUGACGCAUGCAUCAACGAAACUCGUUCUGUGUUGCUUAUAAACGCGAAUUAAAGUUAUUACAAAUUUAAUUUUUGUUUUUAUCUUACCUUUGCUACUCCAGAAUUACAUGACAGAGAGAAGUAAUUUUAAACUUUGAGUAACUUUACAUCGCGUUUAUAAAUAAGAAACGGUAUACGCUAUGCCGUUUCAUCAAUGUAUCUGAUGUAUAUGUGUAUUUUAUAUCUUCAUGUACAUACGUAUGUGUAUAUGUUAUUUAUGUAAAUAAAUACUAUUUCAUUUGUGUCAAAAUUAUGUCGUUGUUAAAUAACAUUGUAUUUGUAUCCGAUUAGUUAAUUGCGAGUUUCGAUGAUGCAACACCUUUUUUUUGGACUCUGGUAGACUACAGUAGGUAUACCGCAAGGCGCCUUCAAUUAUGUUUAUUUGUUUUGUAAAUAUUAUAUAAUUUCGAUUAACCAUUAAUGCUAGACAACGAGCCGUUGUAUAUCAGCCGUUGGACUUCUGCGCACACUUCACAUGGGCAGUUAUGUUGUAUCUACUCGAUAAUAAUGAACCAAGUACAUACUCUAUGACAUUUGACAUUGUGGUGACAGCAGCCGAGCCCUAUCGAUUUAGCUCAAUACAAAAGACUGUAUGAGACUUUAAAACAAAGAUGAUAUCAAAAUGAAAAAGAAUAAAAGUAAAGUAAUAUUUUCUGAAGCACCUUGAAGACUUUACAAUAACUUGUUAAUUGGUGAUUUAAUGAUAAGAUCGCAAUGUUUAAACUCACUAGUAUGUAAGGACAAAUGCUUUACGUCACUGUGAUAGACAAUACAAAAUAUACCUGAGAAGUAACACCAUAGGCCUUUAUGUGAAAUUAUAAUCUUAUGAAUCGAAAUAUUGUAAUUAACCUCCCUUAUGUUGGACUGCCGAUGCUCAAACUUGUCAUGGUAAGUGGCUGCGAUAUCUGCCAUCUCACUCUUUCUUACUUGAUGGACUAUUGUCGUCUCUGACAUCUCGUACUUAUUUAUUUAAUUUCAGUCUAUUUAUACACGCAUUUCUUGGUUUUACUAGACAAAAACAAUUUCAUCUACUUUAAGUAAAUUAGUGUUUGGCGUGAAUUCUAUCAAAAAGCAUUACACUUAAUACAUUAUGAGUCUAUUUUUCAAUACUUUAAAGCCAUUUUAUCCGGUAGUUCCAAAUGAACAGACAUUAUUAUGAUUAUAUAUUCUGUGUUAUAUUGACAGAUUUGAGCACCGGCGGUUGGUUUGUAACAAAAGUACAAAGACGCGUUUGUGCAGAAGUUCUUGUCGUGGCUUGAGCGAGCGGCUGGGUGAGUGUAUGUGUGGGUGCGUGCGUGUGUGUAAUUGUACGCCUGUGUGCGUGCGGCGUGCGUCUCGCUGCCGGUUGUUAACACAUUAUGUAUAAUUGAAUGAAUCAAAUUAUAAGAGAAUAUGAAUUUUA